AUGACUGAUGACUGUAUAUGUGGUGAUGACUGUAUAUGUGGUGAUGACUGUAUAUGUGGUGAUGACUGUAUAUGUGGUGAUGACUGGAUAUGUGGUGAUGACUGUAUAUGUGGUGAUGACUGUAUAUGUGGUGAUGACUGUAUAUGUGGUGAUGACUGUAUAUGUGGUGAUGACUGUAUAUGUGGUGAUGACUGUAUAUGUGGUGAUGACUGGAUAUGUGGUGAUGACUGUAUAUGUGGUGAUGACUGUAUAUGUGGUGAUGACUGUAUAUGUGGUGAUGACUGGAUAUGUGGUGAUGACUGUAUAUGUGGUGAUGACUGUAUAUGUGGUGAUGACUGUAUAUGUGGUGAUGACUGGAUAUGUGGUGAUGACUGUAUAUGUGGUGAUGACUGUAUAUGUGGUGAUGACUGUAUAUGUGGUGAUGACUGGAUAUGUGGUGAUGACUGGAUAUGUGGUGAUGACUGGAUAUGUGGUGAUGACUGGAUAUGUGGUGAUGACUGGAUAUGUGGUGAUGACUGGAUAUGUGGUGAUGACUGGAUAUGUGGUGAUGACUGGAUAUGUGGUGAUGACUGGAUAUGUGGUGAUGACUGGAUAUGUGGUGAUGACUGGAUAUGUGGUGAUGACUGUGUAUGUGGUGAUGACUGA